AUGAGCUCCUCUCCAAACAACUCUUCCUCCUCCCUCAACCGCCUCGACACCAUGUUCCUCCGUCACCUAAUCGGCAGGCUUAAGGUUCAAGAUUCCGACAAUCAAGUAACCGAAGAUGAUUUCAUUUCCGACGAAGAAGAACUAGAAUACGAUAAUGAAGAAGACCUUCCCCGUCCCUACCAAGACGACGGACUUCGCGCAAUCUACGAAGAAGAAUCUCGGAUUGAAGCUGAAGUCGUUUACCAGAUUCUCAAUGGAAAAGCGCAUACCUUGAAGCCUAAUUCCGGUGAAACGGUUAUGAUUCGUGAAAGUAGCAUUGCUGUUGGGUUUCAUGCAGACGAAGAAGAAGGGGAGUAUAUUGUGUGGGAAUGGCAUGGUCACAUUCCGCGGUACACUGAAGAGCAUCAAUUUUCUCUUGAGUAUAUCUAUGGCAAUUACUUUCAGAAGAUUGUGCCUGAGGAGCGUCCUCUUACACCGCCUCGAGUAGAUGCAGCGGCUGAUAAGGGUUUGAAGGACUUGUUUGAUGGUGCUGUCAAUCCCGCCCCUGGUAGGGUUCUUCAUCGUAAUCUCAACGUUGGUUCUGCUGCCCCCAGGCUCUGA